AUGUCUAAGUCCCGCCGCAAUGUCCGGUUCCCGCACCGUAACGGCGAGCGCCGCUUGAGCGUGUCCUCCGACGUCAGCGACCCAACCUCGGAGCCCUCGAGUCCCAGCAAGAAUGGCGCCGCCUCCAAGCAAUCCACGAUCCCCGAAGAGAAACCCGCCCAAUCCGAAUACGAGAAGAAGAAGCAGACCUUCAUUACACGCACGAUAUGGACUUUCGUGAUGAUCGCGGGUUUCUUUAUCGCCAUGUUCUCCGGUCACAUCUAUAUCAUUGGUCUGGUCACUGCCAUUCAAAUCGUCUCGUUCAAGGAAGUUAUUGCCAUCGCCAAUGUACCCAGCAAGGAGAAGAACCUCCGCUUCACCAAGACCCUGAACUGGUACUUCCUCGCGACGACCAUGUAUUUCCUUUAUGGAGAGAGCGUGAUCUACUACUUUAAGCACAUACUACUCGUUGACAAGGUGCUCCUUCCUCUGGCCGCUCACCACCGCUUCAUUAGCUUUUUCCUCUAUGUUAUGGGCUUCGUGUUCUUUGUUGGAUCUCUGCAAAAGCGUCACUACCGAUUUCAGUUUACCCAAUUCGCCUGGACCCAUAUGGCACUGUACCUCAUUGUGGUGCAAGCCCACUUUGUGAUGAACAACAUCUUCGAGGGCAUGAUUUGGUUCUUUCUCCCCGCCUCGCUGGUCAUCACCAAUGAUAUAUUCGCCUACGUUUGCGGUAUCACCUUCGGACGCACCCAGCUGAUUCAGCUGUCCCCCAAGAAGACUGUUGAGGGUUUCCUCGGUGCUUGGAUCUGCACCAUCAUCUUCGGCUACUUCAUGACCAACAUUCUGAUGCGCUACAAGUACUUCAUCUGCCCCGUCAAUGACCUCGGAUCGAACGUCUUGACUGGUUUGGAAUGCACCCUGAACCCGGCUUUUGUCCCCCAGACCUUCUCCCUCGAAUUGUUCGGCAUCGACAAGACUUUCUCCGUUGAGCCCAUGCAGUUCCACAUCCUCGGAUUCGCUACUUUUGCUUCUCUCAUUGCUCCUUUCGGUGGAUUCUUUGCCUCUGGUCUGAAGCGCACCUUCAACAUCAAGGACUUUGGCGAGUCGAUUCCUGGUCACGGUGGUAUCACCGAUCGCAUGGAUUGCCAGUUCAUCAUGGGUUUCUUUGCCUUCAUGUACUACCACAGCUUUAUCGCUGUAUAUAAGGUUUCCGUUGGAGAUAUCAUGGAGACCGCGAUCAACGGCCUGACAGUCGACGAGCAGCUCGAGGUCGUCCGUGGCCUUGGCAAGUACCUUUACAACCAGGGCGCAGUUCCCGGGACGGUCCUUGAGUGCCUUGCCAGUGAGCUCAAGCGCCGAUGA